AUUGCUGCUUUUUUUUGGUUAUUUCUGCUGUUUUUUGAGUUGGGUUUUUGAUUUUUGAGGUGGGUUUUGAUUAAUUUUGGGAAAAGUUAAGAUUUUUUUUGGCCAUGUUUUUCAUUAGGAACAAAAAAAGCUUUCUUUAAGUUCUUUCCCCUUUUUUUAAUUUGAUCCCUUUUUGUAUUUAUCUCAGAUAUUUAAUGGGAUUUGAGCUAAAGUUUCUGCUUACAACAGUAUUAAAUUCAGCCUUGAUUUGUAUUAGUGUUAAUUAUAAAAUAUUUAUCUAGGGGAGUUUGUAGUACUAGUAGCCAUCAACUUUCUGCUUCAAAUUCCAAUUCUUGGGGGCGUUUUAGUGAUUGUGCUUGAGGAAGAAUAAUUAAAAGUUUGAAGAACUGUGAGAAGAAGGAAGUUGAAUCAGUAAAGAGCAUGAGUCAACCUAAAAUUAAACGUAGAGUGGGUAUAUAUGAAGUCGGAAGAACAAUUGGUGAGGGAACAUUUGCGAAAGUUAAAUUCGCAAGGAACUCGGAGACUGGAGAACCUGUGGCCUUGAAGAUUCUUGACAAAGAGAAAGUUCUUAAACACAAGAUGGCUGAACAGAUCAAGCGUGAGGUAGCGACAAUGAAACUUAUAAAGCAUCCUAAUGUUGUUCAAUUAUACGAGGUGAUGGGAAGCAAGACGAAGAUAUUUAUUGUUUUGGAGUUUGUUACAGGGGGAGAGCUUUUUGACAAAAUUGUAAACCAUGGACGGAUGAGAGAAGAUGAAGCUCGGCGAUAUUUCCAGCAACUUAUUAAUGUCGUUGAUUACUGUCACAGUAGGGGUGUAUAUCAUAGGGAUCUGAAGCCAGAAAACUUGCUAUUGGAUGCUAAUGGGAACCUUAAAGUUUCUGAUUUUGGAUUGAGUGCAUUGUCUCAACAAGUCAGGGAUGAUGGCUUGCUUCAUACUACUUGCGGAACUCCAAAUUAUGUUGCUCCUGAGGUUCUUAAUGAUAGAGGUUAUGAAGGGGCAACAGCAGACUUAUGGUCAUGCGGAGUGAUACUCUUUGUACUGCUUGCAGGGUAUUUGCCUUUUGACGAUUCUAAUCUUAUGAACCUAUAUAAAAAAGUGAGCAUUCUGCAGUUUUUUUGUAAAAUUAUUCUUUCAACUUUGUGGCUCUCUGGUUCUCAUUUUUCUUAUCUCCAUGCGCAGAUUUCUGCGGCUGAGUUCACCUGUCCUCCUUGGCUAUCUUUUGGUGCUAUGAAAUUAAUUACUAAAAUAUUGGAUCCCAACCCAAUGACUCGCGUCAAAAUUCCUGAAAUCUUGGAAGAUGAAUGGUUUAAGAAAGGUUAUAAACCUCCUGUAUUUGAGGAGAAAGACGAUAUCAACUUGGAUGAUGUAGAAGCUGUUUUUAAGGACUCAGAAGAACACCAUGUAAAAGAGAAGAAGGAAGAGCAGCCAACAGCUAUGAAUGCAUUUGAGUUGAUAUCUAUGUCAAAAGGACUAAAUCUCGAAAAUUUGUUUGAUACGGAACAGGUCGGCAUGGAAUUUAAAAGGGAAACGAGGUUCACAUCCAGAUGUCCGGCAAAUGAGAUAAUUCACAAGAUUGAAGAAGCCGCCAAACCUCUUGGUUUCGAUGUUCACAAGAAGAACUAUAAGAUGAGGCUUGAAAACAUGAAAGCUGGGAGAAAGGGAAACCUUAAUGUCGCCACCGAGAUCUUUCAAGUGGCACCUUCGUUGCAUAUGGUUGAAGUGCGGAAAGCAAAAGGAGACACUUUGGAGUUCCAUAAGUUCUAUAAAAACCUUUCAACCAGCCUCGACGACGUCGUGUGGAAAACGGAGGAGGAUAUGCAAGAAAUGAAGUAAAAACCGCAUGCCAUUUUGAAGAACUCGUCUUCGAUUCGAUCUACCUUCUCUGCCAAAUGUGCCAUACUUGUUUUAUAUCUUCAUUCUUUAUUCCCUCUUUUUUUUCUUUCUUGGGACUAUUUUCUGUUCUUUAGAAUUAGAGAGAGACUUGAAAUGAGCAAUUAUUUUUCAUGCUGUUAUUGUUUGGAAGCAUGGAAAAUUCUCAUAGGCUUGUUUUUUUUUGUUUUCUCUUCAAACAUGAAAAAUGCUUGUAAAAGUCUCUUUUUGGUUAAUUAUUUAGUCUGUUCCUUUUUCUUCAA